AUGGUGCCCGAAAUGGAAGCUGCUAUGAACGCGCACAUCACCGACAUGUACUGUUAUUACAAGAACGUUUACCAACGGAUGGAUGUAAAAAAGUGCCUGGCGGGCUCCACUUUCAAUUCUGGCUUCAUUGAAUUUUAUUGCCAAGUGUUCGAAUUUGUAGAAACGUUCACGCGAAUUUGUCCCGAUCUGGAAGCCCUCAUCAGUGAAGAGACGCGGUGAGCCACUUGUGAUCGCUGUUCUCAUACAAUAGUCUUUUGCAUUUCAGAGCCACCAUUUUCCUGAUGCCGAGAUCGAGAGUGUUCGCAAAGGGAUGGCCAGAGUGGAACAGUCAUCGCGGAAGCGAGUACAUGCACGCGAAUCGGCUCACCUGCCCCAACCAGCUGCAGUUCAUCAUGAUGCAAGGGCCUCUGGCGGCGGACAUCGAGUCCAGGAAACGGUCGACAAUUGAGAAAGCGUGGUGGAUGAUGAAAGAGGAGCGGACCGAGUUCAUUGUCAUGUUGUGCAAGACAGUCGAGACUGGUUUGUGCUCGCCGCGAAACGUUCCCACCUCGAAACUCAUUAUUGCAGUGGAACGAGAUGGCCAAACAGUACAAUUAGAAAAGUGUGCUCAGUACUUUCCGGAAGAGCAGGGCCAGAUCUUGCAGUUUGAUAGGCUGAAGGUGACGUGCGCGGAGAAGACGACGCCCAACAGGGAAGUCAUCGUGAGGAAACUGAGUGCCGAGUUUGAGUGAGUUGGACUUGGCCCCCCUUGGAAACAUUUGUUCCUAUUCUACUCGUUCAGAGGGCUGUCCGCGUUCAACGUGACGCACUUCCAACACAUUGAGUGGCCUGACCAUUCGGUGCCAAGAGAAUAUGAUGGCAACAUCUUCAUACUAAAGCAGAUUCGCAAGAGCCUGGAAGCAAUCGUUGUUCACUGUUCCGCCGGAGUCGGACGUACCGGCACUUUUGUCUGUGAGUCGUUUUGUUAUUGUUGGUCUUCUGACACGUCCAACUGGGACGAAUUGCAGACGCCGAAGUCGCUUAUCAAACACUGGCCAACAACGGAUGUAUGGACCCGGCGGCUGUGUUAAGACAAGUGCGUGAUUCUCGUGCGAUGGCUAUCGAGAAGGAGAUUCAACUGGCCUACGGCAACAUGCUUGUUUAUCACUACGCAGAUGUUGUGAGUAGAAUGCACUCGAUCUCAAGCCGCAUCUAUCCAUUAUUUUCAGGGAAUGCUGACGGUGGAAAACGCCCGACAUUUUGAGAGUAUGAAGAACGGAAUGAUCAAGUUCAGAGAAGUCGAGCAUAUUUUGAAUGCCAGAAAUAAAGAGAAGGAUGAAUCCCGGGAAUAUUUGAAGAGAGAGGGCAUGGCGAGGAAGAAGAAUGUGAAGAAGAAUGUGAAGAAGAAUGAGAAGAAGCAUAAGAAGAAGAGCAAGGAUGCGACCGUCGAUGCCACUCAGGACGACGCGUCGGAACUGAGAACGGCCGGCGGAAGUGAAGAUGAAAGUGAAAUGGAGUUCGACCCCGAGUUUGUCGAAGAAAACAAACAUUUGCCCGACAGUUGGCCGUGGCAGCAGCACGACGACGUCCCGAAGAAGGUGAAGAAACGGUCAUGUUGUGUGAUUAUGUGA